GGAAAUCUAUUUGUUGUUGAAAGAUAAGAGAACAUGGGGAAAGCACAUAAGAAUGUGGGUGCAGUUGUAAUGAUAUUUGUUUUGGUGAUAGGGAUAGCAGAAUGUCGAAACUUGAAAGAAGACGAAGUAGUCUCUGGAGUUGGAGCAGUUGGAAGAAACUAUGUUGUUGGAUUUGGAGAUGGAAGAGGUGGUUUUAUCGUAUCAGAACCCUCAAGUGGGAAUGCAGUCGGAAAAAAUUUUCAUGUCGUAUCAGAACCUGCAAGCGGGUUAGGAGCUGGAGUUGGAGCAGUUGGAAGAAAUUUUCAUGUCGUAUCAGAACCAGCUGGAGUUGGAGCAGUUGGAAGAGAUUUUCAUGUCGUAUCAGAACCAGCUGGAGUUGGAGCAGUUGGAAGAAAUUUUGUUGUCGUAUCAGAACCUGCAAGCGGGUUAGGAUUCAGCAGUGCUGCCAGUGUGGGUCAAGGAAUUAGCGGUGCCACUGCUGCUGGUGGUGGUCUUUGAAUUCAUCUAUUAUGAUGAUGCGUGCAGUGUAAUGCUUUUUCUUUUCUUUUUAAUAAUAUACCAUUCACUGUAAUGCACUAAUAUAUGGAACCCAAUACGUAAUACAAAAUAAG